AUGGACAUGGUACCCGAAAUGCUGCGAGCUCGACGCAUUGCCAUCGCCCUGGCAAGCAUUAGCUUUGGUCUGGUCGUUGGUUUAAUUUUAGGAAGAAAUUCACGAUCUCACGAACCUGAUAUCGUAAACAUCCAAACGCGCUUAGUCCGGGUAUUCGAUGCGGGACAGGAAAGUGAGCAAUACCAAUCGUUUGCUAAUAAUGCCAAGUGUACACCCCUGAAAGUGUCCAGCACAAUAACGUCUCCAAUUUGCGUGUAUGACCGCCAGACGGAUCAUUACAUCUCUGCGUCUAUUUUGAGUAGCGGCCAAUGGGAAGGCCACCAUAUGGCCAUGUUACACAGAAUCUUAAGUGCAAACAAAGGCAUGCAACUGUUUGACAUAGGUUGUAACGUCGGUGUGUAUACGGUUCUAGCGGCCAAAGUUGGCCAUAGCGUCGUAGCAGUCGAUCCUAUGAAGAAGAAUCUCAUGCUUUUGUCGAGGUCGUUACGUAUCGGCGGCUUAACAGAAAACACGACGUUACUUUGGAACGCCGUAGCUGAUAAAGUGGUGAAUAUAACGCUGCAUGAGUAUGUCGGCAACGUUGGUGGAACGUAUGUAAAACCUGACGACGGUAAAGAAAACGUCGACGACAUGCAUAGAGCGCUCGCUGUGACGUUAGACCACCUCAUUCCGUUCUCAAGCAAAAUGCCCAUCUUUAUGAAGCUUGAUAUAGAAACAUACGAAUGGAACGCUCUGAAAAGUGGCGAAGAGUUUUUCAACAAAUUAGAUGUGAGAUAUGUGCUGCUUGAAUGGAAUGCUCACCGAACAAAUGUUGAAAGUGCGAACAAUAUCAUAUCGUUCAUGAGCAGACACAGCAUGCAGCCGCACAUGUCAGACAAUCCCGACUCGAUGUUACAAUACACGAAAAACGCUUCAUGGCCAGGCGACAUUGUCUGGAUAAAGAAAAUGUGA